ACGAAUAGCGAGGUCCUGUGCGUAGACGCGGUGGGAGAGGGAUUCGAGAUACGUCACCGGGUCACACACACCUUAGGGCGCCGUAGUUGCAGAGGGCGAGAGGAAGAGGACGGCGGUGGAUGGCGCCGACCGCUGGCCGAGGCCUCCUCGAGCACAAGCACUUCGAGAGGCAGAUGGGUUGCACGGGCGGUUUCCUCAACCUCUUCGACCGGCACCAGAUCCUUGCCCGGAAGCGCCUCCCUCCACCUCCAAUGGUCAUGGGUUCGUUCGCCUCUCCGUCGGAGAGAUCGGAUGCUUCCUCGGCCUCGAUGAAGGACAGCCUUCGAUCCGCGUCGCCGGAUUUUCACUCUCCGCCGUGGUCGCACCAUCUCCCGCACCACGAGGUCAAGGAUGAUAGUUCGAGGGCUCCUCUGAAGCCCCGCGAUGCUCGGCACCUCUCACGCGACGGCGAAAGCAAGAUCCGCGGGCGCGAGGCCUUGUCGGCAGCUAGUGUCGGUGAACAAUAUGAAGCCUCUGAGACGGCGGAGGAGAUCGAUCGGAAACGCCGUUCUCCUAGUGUCGUGGCGCGGUUAAUGGGGCUGGACGCACUACCUGUCUCUCCGGUCGAAGAGGGUGGCGGUGAGUCGGGCUGGACGGAGCUCCGUCGAUCCGGCUCAGAGUGUCGCGUUUCCAGAGAAGCAUCAUCCUACCGGUUCCUCGACGGAGAAAUGUUCCCUAAACGCUCGCCGUUGGAGACGGACCGUGUCUCCGUCGAUGAGUGGAUCAGAAUGGCAAAUCUCGGUGACAUUAGAUUUCCUGAGGCUAGGAAACCUAAAUUUCAGGCCAAGACAUCUCGCCUUCCACCUCUACAGACGAAGAGUUUCUUUGACGCGGACGAAUUCUUCCCCGAGCCGAAGAAGCGCGGAUAUCUCCCAAUUCAACUCGAGAAACAACAUUUGAUUCGUGGAAUGGAUGAGGCAUCGAAUUUGGAGAAGCUGAAGCAAAUACUGGAGGCACUUCAGCUCAAGGGACUCCUCCACUCGAAGCCAUCCGGUCACCAAAUCAAUGGCCGCCGCGAUCGCUACGCUAGAUUCUCCGAUUACUCACCGAUCGUCGUCAUUGAACCUGUUCCUUCACCGCACAUGCCACCAUCAACCGAACCCCGGCAGCAGGUAACUUUCAAAUCCAUCCCUGGUCGGAGGAACCACGUAGAAGAAGCAGUCAUUCCUUCACUCCGGCAAAAUCGAAGAGUGAAUCAGAAUCCUUCGUCCUGCAACGGGACGAAGGACCGCGCGCCGAGCUCUUCUGCCAAGCGGAGGGUCUCAAAUGUGGUUGAUUCUGCGAAGAGUCUGCCACCGCGGCCGCGAACCUCCACUUCGAUUCCACCUAAAAAACCUCCUCACCGAGUUGGAACUAUUCCAACUUCUGGUCGACCCCACUCGAAUCGCCGGCAAAAGCAAGAAGCUACAUCAAAGCCGAGAAUAAAUUCGCCGGAGGAAAAUGCGAACGCCACCGCAGCCACUACAACACUGGACGUCGAGAAGUCUUGGGCGGAGGAUUACCGGGCCGGGAGGCAACUGUUGGAGCGGUGCGACCAAUUGCUUAACAGCAUCGCGGCGUUCACUGCGGCGGAGCAGGUCGCCGUCGCGGUGGAUCCGGUUGCCAAUGCAGCAACGGAGCUCCAACCAAGUCCCGUCUCGGUCCUCGAGGUAACCUCGCCACCGCGCUCUCCGUUAACGAAGCGGUCCAUCGAUUUCGAAGGGGAGCAAUUACCUGAUCGCGAAGAGGAAGUGGUCGCGUCGAACGACGGAGACGACCGCCCGGCGAAGCAAGAGGAGCAGGAAGAGGGAGGACAGGGGGAUGAAGACGACGACGACGACGACUACGUGUACGUUGCGCAGGUCCUGCGCGCCUCGGACAACCACGGCGACGGCGGCACCGACGUGUAUGCUCUAUUGGAGAAGCGUCGCAGCGCCGUCGAGUCUGUACCCUUCCACCGCCGCCUCCUCUUUGACGCCGUGGCCGAGAUCUUAGACAAGAAAAGCUGCUCGUCGCAUCCGCCCUGGGAGUCCUUCGUGCGCCCAGGCUCCCUCUCCGCCGCCAGCCGGAAUGCGGCCGGCCCGAUGCUUCCGGAGGUGUGGUCGGAGCUGCGGCGGGCGCGUGAGCCAGUCUCCGCGGAUGACGUCAACGUCGUCACGUGCUUAGCUGCCCGCAGGGACCUCGAGCAGGACGACCGCGACACCUGGGCCCGGCCGGCCGCCGAGGUGGCCGAGGCCGCCAUACAAAUCGAGCGGCUGAUAUUCAAGGACCUCCUCGACGGUGCCAUACUCCACUUCACCGAUACGUGUCCGCCGCACGAUGCCAAACCCAGCAAAUCCAACGGUCGACGUGGUCCAAUCCCGAUCAAUAAACGGCAGUGAUGGGUCUGGUAGUUGGGCCAGUCUAAGCCCAAUUAGAGCCUGUGGAAGUCAAAAGCCAGCGGAGUGUCAUCUGAAUGAUAAGGACGGGGGGACAAAGCACAUGGAGAGUAGUGAGGCUUUGGCAGAUAGCAGGAGAGGAGGCUUGGGUUGGGGUGUGGGCAGUGAUGAUCAAAUACCUACUAGAAGAUCAUCUUAUCCGAACGGUCGCAUGAGAAUUGGAGGUAAAUCUGAUUCGGUUGAAUCAGAUUUUAGAUCGAUUCAAUCCAAUCCAAUCCAAUCUGAAAAUCCAUGACUCGAAGAGGUUAACCCACUGGUUCCACCAAGUGGAAAUUGCAGGUUUUCUAAUAAAUUAUCUCUUUUUGUUCUCACUUAGGAAGAAGACAGCGACCGUUCAGCUAUUUCCGACUCGGUGAGUGUAGUAGUUUUGCAAAAGUGUUGAUAGUUGCAAGUGUAAAGGUUGUUGUUGCUCCAAUUUCAGACUGGCGUUUGAUUGAGGUCAAAUUUGUUUUUUUAAAAAGAAUAUUUUUAAACGAUGGUUUAAAUACAUAUGAGAAGGUUAUUGUAUUGGGAUAAAAUGUUCAUUUUUUUCAUUAUAAUUUAUCUAUUUUUAUUUA